AGGGCCGCACAAGAACGUCUGAUGAAAGAAGCUCAGGAAAGUACAAGCCGGCUUAAAGAGAAGGCUGGUGAAGCAUUGGCCAUGCUGUCUAAUGACUCAGAGGCUGUUAAGAGCUUCACGGUUGAAGUAUGUACAGAAGACGAUGUCCAUGGUCUUACUGACUUGCUCGACUCCAGUAUCAAGACCAUCAAAUGUGAAAUAGGUGAAACAGAACCUGUGGAGAUAGAGAUCAACAUUUGUUGCCGUAUAAGUGCCACAGUCAUCUUGAAGCAUUUGAGGAACCGCGACAUGAAACUAACCUUAGAGAAGGUACUCGCGGAAUUGCUUCCUAUACAGGCGGAAGCAAGUAGCACAUCGCAGUGGUGGAGGCGUCUGAUCUCUUGUUCUUGCAUUGCAGCAUUCGGAAACGACAUAGAAAAUCGUUGCUUUACAGCAUUCAGAAACAACACAGCAAACCCAAGUGAUGGUGGGCACGACGAGCCUUCCACUUCACCGAUUCACCACAUCCAGCAGUGUGGGGAGAGGAGGCUGCAAGCAGAGCUCAUAUCACUUGUCGCGGUGAAUCUUGAAAAUAACAACUUUGAUUUUGCAGCAAUCUUAAUAUUACCACCACGUGCGUCGCCGGUUUCCCUGCUGGAAGAGUUUGUGGUGAAGCUCAAGAAGAUGGUGGAGGACAACAUGUACCCCACCCCUGCGUGCCUGGCGAUACAGAAGCUCACCUGCAAGAUGGUUACAGGAUUCCUCCAGCAUGAUCGAAACGUUGAAGUGAUCGGCAAUCAAAAUAUUGUUGGCACAUUACUGGAGGCUUCAAAGGAGAUGGUCGGGCUUGAGAGCAGCAUGCUUUUCACUGGCGUCCAUCAUGACUGCCACGGUGUUCCUCUGAAGCCUUUCUUAUCUGUUCUCGCUAACCAGGCAAAAGAUCUUUUGAAACUGAAGAAACGGGCUCAGACUCUGGCUCGGGCUCAGCUUCGGCGCACCAACAGUGCGCCUGCCGGUGCAUCAACAUCAUGAUUGUUGCGUUACGGAGUAUCUUUUUAUGUUAAAAAUACUGAAACGGGUAUCCAAUUCAGGGUGUGCUCCAUGCUUGCUGGUUUUCUUUGCUUCCUUUGUGGAUUUGUGAUAGACUUUGUAAUAAUGGGUACUGUGCACCUUUCGAUGUA